GACCACAAGAAAGUUUUUUAAAAGACUUCCCUUGCGCGGCACAUCGCAGUCAAGAUAAAGACCGAGAACACAACAUUCCAACACUCCCUCUCGUCGCUCUUUUCAGUGAAGACGGGGCAAGAUGGGGCGCCGUCCGGCCCGAUGCUACCGUUACUGUAAGAACAAGCCUUACCCGAAGUCGCGUUUCUGCCGUGGUGUGCCCGACCCCAAGAUUCGCAUCUAUGACUUAGGGAGGAAGAAAUCCGAUGUCCGCGAGAUGCCCCUCUGCGUUCAUCUCGUCUCCGAUGAGUAUGAGCAGCUGUCCUCGGAGGCCCUGGAGGCUGGCCGUAUCUGCGCCAACAAGUAUCUUGUAAAGCACUGCGGUAAGGAUCAGUUCCACGUGCGUGUUCGACUCCACCCCUACCACGUUAUCCGCAUCAACAAAAUGUUAUCGUGUGCUGGUGCUGAUAGAUUGCAGACAGGAAUGCGUGGUGCCUUUGGUAAACCCCAGGGCACUGUUGCUCGUGUCCAGAUCGGUCAGCCCAUCAUGUCUGUGAGGACCCACGACCGUCACAAGGAGCAGGUCAUCGAGGCUCUCCGACGUGCCAAGUUCAAGUACCCUGGACGUCAAAAG